AUGGCCGGAUUCUUCACCCGAGCUUGGCGUGUGGCAGUUCCGGAGAGAGUCAGGGUCUUCUUAUGGUUGGUAAUUAACCAAGCUCUUAUGACGAACGCGGAACGACACAGACGUCAUCUCAGUGACACUAAUCUGUGUCAAGUCUGCAGGAGUGGAGAGGAAACUAUUAUUCACAUUCUGCGUGACUGCCCUGCAAUGGAAGGCAUUUGGAGACGCAUUGUUCCCCGGAGAAAGAGGCGGGAAUUCUUCGAAGCUCCUCUGUUGAGUUGGCUUUACACUAAUCUGGGAUCUGAACUUGAUUUGGGAGAGUAUAAGUGGUCGACAUGUUUCGCGAUGGCAGUUUGGUGGGGUUGGAAAUGGAGAUGUGACAAUGUGUUUGGGUCUAAUAGAAAGUGCCGUGAUCGCGUGAAGUUUGUGAAAGAUAUUGCUAAGGAAGUUGCAUCAGCCUAUACCAAGACCACUAAUACCGGAGGCAUGGCACAGAGAGUGGAACGUCAGAUAGCGUGGCAGCCACCAAUACAGGGCUGGUGGAAGGUUAACACUGACGGGACGUCGCGAGGAAACCCGGGCUUGGCUACAGCUGGUGGAGUAUUGCGUGAUGAACAAGGGAGUUGGGUUUGUGGUUUUGCACUGAAUAUUGGCAUUUGUUCGGCGCCAUUAGCAGAACUUUGGGGCGUUUACUACGGUCUACUUAUAGCUUGGGAGCGGUGUGUCCCAAGACUGAUAAUUGAGGUGGACUCAGAGGUUGUGGUGAAGAUCCUUCAUUCAGGGAUAAGUGAAUUUCACCCUCUAUCUUUCCUAGCACGGCUGUGCUAUGGCUUCUUCUCCAGGGACUGGUUAGUCCGGAUCAGGCACACAUAUAGAGAGGCGAAUCGGGUCGCCGACGGGCUUGCGAACUAUGCUUUCUCGUUAUCUCUUGGUUUUCAUUUAUUUGCCUUCUCACCCACUGAGAUUUUGGUGCUGUUGAGUGAGAAUGUUGAUGGCUCUUCACGAGCUAGGUUUGUAAAUGUUUAA